AAAAGGCAUUUACUUUGCUUUUGUAAGGAGUGCGCAGUAUCAUGCUCGAUGUGCUCACCGUUGGCCGAACUCUCACUGUUCUCGAGGCAUCGGCCGUUUAGAAACCCUAUGCAUGAUUCCUUGCAGCAGUGUACUUGAUGAUCUGCCGUAUCGAUAAUGCGAGUUCAGGCAGCAACGAGAACGAGGGACCACACGGACAACCGUGAGUAGCGAGAACAUACGUUUCUUAGAGUCCGUCUCGGCUUCAUUAACGGCUGAUCUCGAGCAAGAAGAGACUCGACCGCGGAAUGAGGGCAUCAAGCUCGAUAGUCGUGGCCGAUGUAAUGACCAGUUCCCUAUAUGCUUCUAAAGAACAGCGUCGUAUCAACAUCAAUUGGCCACUCUAGAAGCAGCCGCACGUGCGAGGAUUUGUCGAGGGGCUUACAUAUUACGGGAUCUAGACAGUUACAAACUGACGAGUGGUCAAGCGGUUUUUUUAUUUGCAUCGUUGUGAAUCGUUGGUCUUGUUGCGUCGUGUAACAUCAUCACAAUGACGAACGGUGUUGAGACUGAGAAGCAGGAAGUGAAGCUAAGCCUCGAGCAACUUCGUGAAAAAAUCAUCUACCAGGUUGAGUUCUAUUUUGGUGACUACAAUCUGCCAAAGGACAAAUUUCUUCUUCAAAAAAUUAAGGAGAACGAGGGAUGGAUCGAAAUGGACACUCUCCUUACGUUCAACCGCCUAAAGAGCCUCACGACUGAUAAGGCUGUGAUUAGCGAUGCCUUGAAGGCUAGUGAUCACGGUAUCGUAGAGGUAUCUGAAGACAAUUUGAAAAUUCGUCGCAAUCCAUCGAAGCCUUUGCCAGAAUCGUUUAAACAGGCCUUUGUCGACCGUACCGUAUACGUCAAAGGCUUCCCUAAAGAUACAACCUUAGAUCAACUGAUUGAUUUCUUCCGGCCGUAUGGCUCAGGCUGCGUCAAAAUGCGCCGUUUCUCGUUUAAUCGUCAAUUCAAAGGAUCUGUUUUUGUUCUUAUGGAAAGCGAAGAUGCCGCUAAAAAACUGAGAGAUACGAAGGAAUUAAAAUACCAGGAUCAGGAGCUUAUACUAAUGAUGGCUCAGGAGCAUGCCGAUAAGAAAGCGGCCGAGAAGAAAGAUGGGGGCAAAAAACGCAAGAGCGAUGAAACAGCGGAUGGUAAUGAUAAUGAUGAACUCAAGGAAAUGGCUCGAGUUGAGGAGAUGUAUCAAAAGAUGGACAAGAAACCUGGGGUCUUUCUUCAUCUGACGGGAUUCCCUUCAGGCAACGAAGUGACUUUUCAGGAUAUCAAGACGCUUUUUACUGACGCAGGCUUUAAGGUUGGGUUCGUUGAAUUUACCAAAGGCAACGAGGAGGCAAUGGUUCGAUUUGAGGAAGACAACGGUGCGAAAUCAGCAGCUGAGAAGCUAAUCAAAAACGGUAACUUGACUAUAAAGGAGAUUUCGCUAAACGCGAAAGUUCUUGAAGGUGACGAAGAAACGACGCAGUACCGCAAGCAAGCAGAACUUAAAGCUACUCGUUUCCAAAGUGACCGCAACAACAGAAAGCGUGCCGGACAACAUCGCCAGCAAGGAUAUCGAGGAAGCGGUGUUAAACGCAACCGCGGCGGGAGGGGCGACCGUGACGGACGUCGAAGCAUUAAUUCGAUAGAAACGACAACUGCCAGCAGCGACGAACCUAGCGAGAAACGAGGCAAAACAACUAUCGACCCAACUGAUACAACCACCACGUUGACUUCAGCAGCUCCUGAAGCUUCUGCUAGCCAAGCUGAUAAACCAAGUGACAGCAGCAACGAAGCAGCAAUCCCCAACGACGCUCCAGCCGGUGCAGAGUAAACACUUCAGCUACGAUGCUAAAUCAAAACCAUGCCGGACAGAGAAAGUAAAUGCUGUAUAAACAGAAAGGAAAUCGCGACAUUGAAGCGGCACUGCUGCACCACGAGACGAACCUGUACGCUUACUUAAGGGCAUAUAUAUAUAUAUAUAUAUAUAUAUGCGGUCACUCGAGUAUUUUGGGUAUGCAUACGGAUUGCAGUCAAAUUGGUUUGAAUUUACGUAGUAGGGAACAAAUGAGUCAAGGUGGUUUAUUAGCUGAAGUAAACAGGUAAACAGUUAGUCCUAGCGUGCGGUAAAAAGAUCGUUCCCAUCCUGAAGAAGAUACGCUGUGCUUGUGUUGUGUGAGUAUAUCGGUGGGAGCGGCCGGUUAGAAAAACAGCAGAGUUAAAGGGUCUUUGAAAAACGAAAUACCCUUGGCAAACCAAUAAAACAGGCUAAUAGUGGUGGAAGGUUGAAAUACGGCAAUUUCAUUACCUUGUUUUUCAUCCCACAUUACUUAUCUCUGCUACCCUCUGCAAAUUUGUUUUCCACUGCGAGAAGAACCACUACUCCGCUCUAUUCUCGGCACUAACGAUGUUAUCAUUACUAUUAUAUAAUAUGGAAGAACUAUUAUGGUGAGGUUAUUUAUUUCUGACCCUUGAGGAGUAGGACCAAAUUUCACUCAUCAACGGCGUUUUUUGCUUGGCCGGCGAUCGUACCGGACGACUGUAAAUAUAUAUAUAUAUAUAUAUAUAUAUAAAAUAC